AUGUGUGAAACUACUCUGGAAGAAAUUUUACAAGGUAACUCUCACGGGCUAGUAGAUUAUGAACCGGAACUUGGCCUUGAGUUUGAUAAUGAUAAGAAUGCACUUAAUUUUUACAAUGAGUAUGCAAGAAGGGUUGGUUUUAGUGUUCGCAAAGAGUACGUCAAUACAAAUAAGAAAUUAGGUUAUUUAACGUCACGGAAGAUUACAUGUUACAAGGAGGGUUUUCGUAGGAAUGAUAAAGAAAAGGAACAAGUUAAAAAAUCCCGAAGAGAAACUCGAACAGGGUGUCAAGCUCGUAUUAUUGUUACCCGUCAGUCAAUGGGAAAGUACCGUAUUACUAAGGUUGAGUUAGAACAUAAUCAUUCUCUUGUUCCACCGACAAUGGUCCACAUGUUGCCAUCUCACAGAAAGAUAAACAAAGUUCAGGUUCAUGAAAUAGAUUUAGCGGAGGAUGCUGGAUUAUUUUCUAAAACAACAUUGAUUUUAUGA